AUGUCGGUGCAGCCAUGGGGCUAUAGAUGGCGCUCGUCACAGGUCUUUAUCAUAUUUACCGCGACGCUAGGUCUCUUCUCGGAGACCUUCCUCUACGGGUUCCUCGUACCAAUCCUAAGUUACAUGCUCGAGGACCGUCUGCAACUGCCUUCGUCUCAGACACAAUGGCUCACCACCGCCCUGCUCACAUCUCAUGGAUUCGUCGCGAUGGCAUCGGCUCCGAUCAUAGCUCAUUUCGCAGACAAGACAUCCGAUCGGAAAGUGCCUUUACUUCUAGCUCUGGCUGCUAGUGCAAUUGGAACUCUAUUGGUCGCCAUUUGCUCGUCUCGUAUGUACUGUCCCGACCCCCGUGUCAAACGCACAUCUUUGAAACCAAAGCCAGUGUGGUUGCUCUUCCUUGGUCGCACUAUCCAAGCGGCCGCUGGUUCAGCGGGCUGGAUUGUAGGCUUCGCAACCUUGACCGAUAAUGUCCGACAGGAACACGUCGGUCGAGUCCUCGGCACGGCAAUGUCAUUCGUAACAGCCGGAGUGAUAAUGGGCCCAAUGAUUGCUGGCACACUGCUCCAGCUCCUGGGAUACUGGCCGGCAUGGUCUUCAGCGUUCAUCCUUCUAGGCAUGGACUUUGUUGCGAGACUGCUUAUGAUCGGGAAGAAUGACACACAAAGCGAAUCCUCAGACGCCUCGGGCGAUGAAUGUGAAACACUACUUCCUCGAAAUAGCAACGAUCCAUCUGAUCCGGAACAAGGAGACACGGAAUUGACAAGCUCGGGGUUCUAUUGUAUUGUGCUCUGCAAUAUUCAUAUCAUUGUGGCGCUACUCAAUACGUUCAUGUUCUCAUUAAUCCUAUCUGGAUUCGACGCCACAUUGCCCCUUCAUCUGCAACAAAUAUUCAACUGGGGCCCAUUACCCAUCGGUAUGAUAUUCCUCGGGAUCCAAGUCCCCGGCAUGAUACUAGGACCUGUAGUCGGAUGGCUUCGUGACCGGCAAGGACUGCGCUACCCGACCACGAUUGGAUGGGUGCUUAUUGCACCCUUACUUUGUCUACUAGGAAUGCCAGGCACAGGAAUCGACUGGCUAAACCAUGGAGAUAAUGGCAAAAUAUUCUUCAUCAGCGGAAUCAUUGCAAUCGGUGCUGUCUCUCCGCUAGUUCGCGGAGCAGGAACAUUCCAACUGAUAGGUAAAGAUCAAACAUCCUCCUGCCUUGUGAUCCGAUUUUGA